AAAAAAUUCGUUGAUUGGCGAUAUGUUAAGUCGUCGCCGCCGUCGAGAAAGUAUUCCGGCUUCGUUGUUUAUUUUAGAAGAGCGCUCCAAAAAAUGGUUGACUCCACAGAUACCCAAGAUACCACACACAAUAACACCUUAUCUCCAGUGUGGUAUUCUCCCAGUUCAAAUGCAAAGUCCACGGCUGAUAGCAAUGUGUUGGCUUGUAAGGCACGUCUGGAAGUCAUAACAAAGACAACAAUAGAACAUUUCCAGAAAUGGUGUCUCACAGACAAACGCGGCUUACAUCUGUGUCUCCACAUCGAAGGUAUAAAAACAAAAUUAUUGGAACAAAUUAAUACAUCUACGGAGGGAAAUAGCAGCGAAUUUACCCUGUAUCCGGCAACAAUGAAACCGCAUUGUAAUAAUUUAUCAAUUAUUGCUACAAUAUGCAGAGAUAUUGCUGUUAAAACCAAGGAAUCUCUCAAACAAUUGAAAGCUUUGAGUAAGCUGCCUGGAAGUUGUAAUGAAAUAUUCUAUCGUUCGUGGGAAUUGGAUGAAUUUAUUGCGUUCUUAACCGAACUGGCAGGACGUUACGAAAAGGAGGCUGAAAUAAGACUGGCAGUAGCGGAAAAUCUUCCGCACUGUACAACAAGAUCGGAUCUUAUACGUUGGACUUCUGCCUGGGAAUAUCCACAAUAUGUAGAUUCCUAUGUCCAUAGUCUUUUUAAAUACUUUAAUGAAGAAUUAGAAAAUAGAAACAAGGGUUAAAGACACAAA